AUGUGGAUGACAAGUCUUUUCCUAAAGUUUAGCAUCUUUGCUCUGCAGGCACUUCUGACUCAGGCACAUGAUCAAUCAGGGUUCAUUAGCUUAGAUUGUGGGUUGCCAGAAGGUUCAAGCUACAACGAAACUACAACAGGCAUAACCUAUAGUUCAGAUGCACCAUACAUCCAAACUGGCAAAAGCUAUAGGAUAUCUGAAUUCAAUUCUGGCAAGCAGCAACAGUUUCUGGAGUAUCUUAGAAGUUUUUCUGAAGGAGACAGAAACUGUUACAUGCUAAACCUCACAAAGGGUAACAAAUAUUUAAUCAGAACAACUUUCAUGUAUGGAAACUAUGAUGGAAAAAAUGAGGCACCUGAAUUUGAUCUACAUUUAGGACCUAAUUUUUGGGCCACAAUGGUAUUUCCAAAUGCAUCUACUGUUAUAGUGAAGGAGCUCAUUCAUUCUCUUCAAUCAAAUUAUUUGCACGUCUGUCUUGUGAACACUGGGAAAGGGAUACCUAUCAUAUCAUUACUAGAGUUAAGGCUUUUGAACAACAUAACCUAUAACACUCUGUCCGAAAAGGAAUCACUGGAACUUUUCUUCAGGAAUGAUUUUGGUUCAACAUCCAAUUCAACAUUCAGGUUUCCAGAAGAUGUUUAUGAUCGGAUCUGGAAGCCUUACCAAAGUAAUGAUUUGGGACAAAAAAGUACCCCUUUUUCCGUUACACCUGACAGCGACUAUGAUCCACCAUUGCUUGCCAUGAGGACUGCCAGCAUACCAGCGAACGCUAGUCAACCCUUGAAUUUUUCCGUCCAAGAUUCUGAUUCCAAUGCCCAAUUUUAUUUGUACAUGCACCUUGCAGAACUUGAAGAGCUCCAAGCUAACCAGUCCAGAGAGUUCAUCACCUAUUUCAAUGACAAGCUUUGGUGUCAAACUUUUAGUCCUACAUAUUUGCGGGCAGACACUAUACACAGCGUAAAACCGGUUAAAGCAGGCCAGUUUUCAAUGGUAAGAACCAGAAGAUCAACCCAUCCACCCAUCCUGAAUGCCCUUGAGGCUUAUAAAGUAAAGGAACUCCUAGAGUCACAAACAAUUGAAAAAGAUGUUGAUGCGAUGAUGAAUAUAAAAUCAAUGUAUGGAUUGAAUAGAAACUGGCAAGGUGAUCCUUGUGCUCCUCAAGAAUACUCAUGGGAAGGUCUUAAUUGCAGCUACGAGGAUUCGAAUCCACCUAGGAUCAUAUCUUUGAAUUUAUCCUCUAGCGGUUUGACUGGAGAGCUUCCUGCUGAUAUCGUCAAUCUCACUGAAUUACUAUAUCUGGACUUAUCAAACAAUAAUUUGAGUGGACCAGUGCCCGAGUUUUUAACUCAACUGCAAUCUUUGACUCACCUAAACUUGACAAGAAACGAACUAAGUGGUUCAGUUCCAGCAGGACUCAUUGAAAAGUCAAACAGGGGUUUGCUACAAUUAAAUGUGGAAGGAAAUCAAAUUCCUUGUACAUGGGAAUCAUGCAUGACAACGAAGAAGAAGAACACUGUAGUGGUUCCCAUAGUAGCAUCAGUUGCUUCAGUGCUUUCUCUCCUCAUAAUUGUUUCAGCUCUCUUAUGGUGGUUUAAAGGGAGAAAACCAUCAGGUAGGACCAAACUUGCAAAGUAUAUGCACUUAACAGGCAAAAUGAUUGUGGGCUGUAGAAAACCAUAUCAGAAGGAGUUAAAGAAUCGACAAUUUACAUGCUCUGAUGUCCAAAGGAUCACAAACAAUUUUGAGAGAGUUAUAGGGAAAGGUGGUUUUGGAACAGUUUACCACGGUUGCUUGGGUGACACUGAAGUAGCAGUUAAGAUGUUGUCAGAAUCAUCUAUUCAAGGGUAUAAGCAAUUUGAAGCUGAGGUGGAGCUUCUUUUGAGAGUUCAUCAUAGAAAUUUGACUACCCUUAUUGGUUAUUGCGAUGAUGGCACCAACAUGGGGUUAAUCUAUGAGUACAUGGCCAAAGGAAACUUAUUAGAGUAUCUCUCAGAUAGCCGUAGCAGUGUCUUGAAUUGGGAAGGAAGACUUGGAAUAGCGCUGGAGGCAGCACAAGGACUGGAGUAUUUACACCAUGGUUGCAAACCACCCAUAAUCCACCGAGAUGUAAAGUCUAGCAACAUCUUAUUAACUGAAAACUUGCAAGCUAAACUAUCUGAUUUCGGGCUAUCCAAAAGUAUCGAAGGUUGCUCUCAUGUAUCCACCGUCAUUGCCGGUACCCCUGGAUAUCUUGACCCUGAGUAUUCUACAACAAACAGGUUGACUGAGAAAAGUGACGUUUAUAGCUUUGGAGUAGUUCUUUUGGAAAUCAUUACAAACCGGCCAGUAAUUGCAAGAAAUAUAGAUGAGCCUGCUCACAUAAGUCAUUGGGUUGGUUCCAUGUUAUCCAAUGGAGACAUCGAAAACAUUGUGGAUUCAAGGUUGCAAGGAGAUUUUGAGAUAAAGUCUGCAUGGAAAGCGAUAGAAGUGGCUAUGGCUUGUUUAUCUCCAGCUUCCCUGAAAAGGCCAACGAUGAAUUAUGUGGUGAUGGAAUUGAGCGAGUGUUUGUUAGCGGAGAGAAAUAGGACAAGGGGAGUGAAUGAAGAUGAAUCACUAGAAUCAACUACUGUGGAAUCCUUGAAUUUUGGUUCUGAUGUAACUCUAUCAAGGUGACUAGGGCCGGACACUGUGGUUACAGCUUAAUUUGAUGCUUUUCUGCUUCAUCCACGCCAAAAAUAUCGUGGUAGUGUCAUUUCCAAAUGUUCUUGGGCGCGCUAUGCAUUAGUAAUUUUAUACUUGUACGCAAAUAAAAACACUG